AAGAAGGAGAAGUGAAAAAGAGAAAACAAAAGUAGCGGAGGCGAUCAAAUAUUAUUUAAAGUUAAUCAACAUAUUUAAUUCUUGUUGCUGAUUACAUAAGAUUUCACACACACUGAUACUGUUUAUCAAUAAACAACGACGCAUAAGAUAGUCUGGUCAUAAAAUAAUAAAAAUGCGAAGUAUAUCAUCUCAUUCAGUUUUCACUGGAAAGUGGAACAAGGCGUUUGGGAGAAAUUUUCGCUCUAGCUUUGGUGGAAAAUGAAGAAGUAUUCUUUUGCCAUUGAUCGCGGAGGCACGUUUACGGAUGUGCUGUGUCUGUGUCCAGAUGGACGUGUGAAGACACUGAAAUUGCUCUCGGAGGAUCCAGAGAGGUAUAAGGAUGCUCCGAGGGAAGCCAUACGGAGGAUUCUUCGGGAAGAAGUGGGCACGAGUUCGGUCACAGCAGAAGGACUCGUUGAUACCUCAUUUAUCUCAUCAAUUCGAAUGGGAACAACCGUAGCCACGAAUGCACUAUUAGAAAGGAAAGGUGAUCCAGUAGCAUUGGUGGUUAACAAAGGUUUCCGUGACCUCCUUCACAUUGGGAACCAAGCAAGACCCAGUAUCUUUGCGUUGGACAUCAGAAAACCCUCGAAUUUGUAUGAGAUAGUAAUUGAAGUGGAUUGUAAAGUCAUUCCCGAGCAACCCGACAAGUGCCAAUUGAGUCAAAACUGGGAACGAGUCGUUGGUGUUUCGGGAGCGAAAUAUCUCGAAAUGCGAAAAGUAGACACGCCAACCGUUAGAGAAUCUCUGAAGAGUGUUUUGGACUUGGGAAUAACAUCAUUAGCCAUUGUUCUCACGCAUAGCUACGCCUAUCCGCAGCAUGAAGUGCAAAUUGGUUGCAUUGCAAAAGAAUUGGGAUUUAAGAAUAUCAUUCUAUCCCAUGAAUCAAUGGCUAUGUGUCGUAUUGUCCCAAGAGGCUAUACAGCCUGUGCUGAAGCCUACUUGACACCGCAUGUUAAGCGUUAUUUGUCAAACUUCAAAGCUGGAUUUAAGGAUGAGCUCAAAGACAUUGAUGUCCUCUUUAUGCAAAGCGACGGUGGGCUAACGAAGAUGGAGAACUUCCGCGCAGCCAGAGCAAUUCUUAGUGGACCAGCAGGAGGAGUUGUUGGCUACGGUGUAACAGGAUGUCGGGAAACUACAGCUCCAUUAAUCGGUUUUGACAUGGGUGGUACAUCAACUGAUGUCUCUCGCCUUGCCUCCGGAAAAUACGAGCACGUCGUUGAAUCAACAACAGCCGGUGUAUCAAUUCAAGCACCUCAACUGGACAUUAAUACAGUAGCAGCUGGUGGUGGUUCAAUGCUCUUCUUCCGUUCGGGUUUAUUUGUUGUUGGACCCGAAUCAGCUGGUGCUAAUCCAGGGCCAGCCUGCUACAAGAAAGGUGGACCACUAACUGUUACAGAUGCCAAUUUAAUUCUCGGACGUCUCCUACCGGAAUAUUUUCCCAAAAUCUUUGGACCGAAUGAAAAUGAGAAACUGGACUACUCUGCAUCGGAAAGGAAGUUCAAGGAGCUUACUGUGCAAAUUAAUCAGUACUUGCGGGAAUCCGAAGGGAGAACUGAUGAGUUGUCCGUUGAGGAAGUUGCAAUGGGUUUCAUAAGGGUUGCAAAUGAAUCUAUGUGUCGUCCAAUAAGGGCACUAACUCAGGCUCGUGGAUAUGAUACAUCAGCACAUGUUUUAAGUUGCUUCGGAGGAGCAGGUGGGCAACAUGCAUGCAGUAUUGCACGUGAACUAGGAAUGACGAAAGUCCUGGUGCAUAAAUAUGCUGGAAUCCUGUCUGCCUAUGGGAUGCUUCUUGCUGAUGUUGUGCAUGAAGCUCAGGAACCAUGUGGUGUUGAAUACAGCAGCAGUACUGCUGACUUCCUAACUCAACGUUUGGAUGUUUUGUGCCAAAAAUGUACAGCGAAACUGGAAGGACAAGGCUUCAAAAGCGAUCAGAUCGUCCUUGAACCCUACCUCCAUAUGAGAUACGAUGGUACCGACUGUGCCCUCAUGUGCUCCCCAAGAAAAACCAGCCAUGGAGAAAAUGUCCUUAUUCAGAAAUACGGAAACUUCCAUGAAGCCUUCCUUGAACGGUACAAAACCGAAUUUGGUUUUGUUAUUAGUGGAAGAAAAAUAAUUAUCGAUGAUAUUCGUGUAAGAGCCCUCGGGAAGACUUUUGCUCCUGAGGAGAAGGAUAUUUCAUCAGCCAUUGGAAUGGUACCGGAAAUGGAGGAAUACACAUCGAUCUACUUUGAAGGUGGUACGAGAAAGACUCCAGUGUACUUGUGCUCAAAACUCCUGGCGGGAGAUGUUAUUGCUGGACCAGCAGUACUCAUAGAUGAUUUGUCAACAAUACUCGUGGAACCAGAUUGUCGUGUUGAAAUGACCAAGAAGGGAGAUCUGGUAAUUUACAUAGAAACCGGAGAAAAGCGACCUAUCUAUGAAAAACUGGAUGCAGUACAGUUGAGUAUCUUCAGUCAUCGUUUCAUGUCGAUUGCUGAACAAAUGGGACGUGUUCUGCAGCGGACAUCAAUAUCUACGAAUAUCAAGGAAAGGCUUGAUUUUUCAUGCGCCCUCUUUGGGCCUGAUGGUGGUUUAGUUAGCAACGCUCCACAUAUUCCCGUACACUUGGGAGCUAUGCAGGAAACUGUGCAGUAUCAGUUAAAAGUACGCGGGGAGACGCUGAAAAAAGGCGAUGUGAUCCUGUCAAAUCACCCCCAAGCUGGUGGUUCGCAUUUACCCGAUUUAACCGUGAUUACUCCGGUAUUCCGCAAUGGCGUCCCACGUCCUGUCUUCUUUGUUGCUUCCCGUGGGCAUCAUGCUGAUAUUGGUGGCAUCACCCCGGGAUCAAUGCCACCGCAUUCAAAGAGCCUUUCAGAGGAAGGUGCAGCCUUCAAAUCAUUCCUCAUUGUUGAAAAUAACGUCUUCCAAGAGGAAGCAAUCGUUAAACGUCUCACAACACCAACUGAUGCACCUGGUGCCUGCGGGACACGCAACCUGAGCGAUAAUCUAUCGGAUCUCAAAGCACAAAUAGCUGCAAAUCACAAAGGGAUUCAACUUGUGGGUGAACUCAUUGAUAUCUACGGAUUGAGUGUUGUUCAGGCCUACAUGAACUUCAUUCAGGCAAAUGCGGAAUUAGCAGUAAGUGAUAUGCUAAAAGAAAUAGCCAAGAAGACACAACAUGGAGAAGUUCUCGAAGCAGAAGAACGCAUGGAUGAUGGAACGCCGAUUAAGCUACGAAUAACAAUCAAUGAGAAUGAGGGAACUGCUGUUUGUGAUUUUACUGGGUCAGGACCAGAAGUAAUUGGGAACUGCAAUGCCCCACGUGCUAUAACAUUCUCAGCUCUGAUCUACUGCCUACGCUGCAUGGUAGGACAUGAUGUACCACUCAAUCAGGGAUGUUUAGCACCAAUUCGUGUGAUUGUACCGAAAAAUUCAAUACUGGAUCCAUCCGAGGGAGCUGCAGUUGUGGGUGGAAAUGUUCUCACAUCUCAGCGGAUUGUUGAUACCAUCCUCAGGGCUUUCAGGGUGUGUGCUGCCUCACAAGGAUGUAUGAAUAACAUCACAAUGGGUGAUGAAACAUUCGGAUAUUACGAAACUGUUGCAGGAGGGAGUGGAGCUGGACCAACAUGGCAUGGAACUGGUGGUGUACACACGCAUAUGACCAACACCAGGAUUACUGAUCCGGAAAUAAUGGAACUGAGAUAUCCGAUCGUACUCAAUAAAUUCUGCCUACGUACUGAUCAGUCUGGUGGAAGAGGAAAAUUCAAUGGCGGUGAAGGCAUUCAGAGGGAACUUCUUUUCCGGAAGCCUAUGACGUUAUCCGUUUUGACUGAACGUCGUGUGCUAGAACCGUACGGAAUGGCAGGCGGAAGCAAUGGGAAACCAGGAUUGAAUUUGCUCAUAAAGAAAGACGGAAGGAUCAUUAAUUUGGGCGGGAAAACUGCAAUUGAUGUGGAAGCAGGAGAUAUGUUUAGCAUGAAGACUCCAGGAGGUGGUGGAUAUGGAUCUCCGUCUGAGGGCAAUGCCAACCCAUCAGAUCAUAAGGAACAGAAACAAUUUUUCAUGGAAAAAGGAAGUGUUUAUGAAUACAGGAAAGCACAGGAGUCUGUUUAAGGUUAUGUUCAGCCUGGACGGAUUGGCCAGAUCUUGCGCAGCUUAGAUAUUAGGUUCAGUAGAUGAGAAUUCUUUUUUGUUAUCUUGUUUAUGGGUUUUUCAAUAAAACAAAAAAAAAGCUUACCAGAAAAAA